AUGAGCUCCCCCGGCGCCGAGAGCGCGGGGAAGAGCCUGCAGUACCGAGUGGACCACCUGCUGAGCGCCGUGGAGAGCGAGCUGCAGGCGGGCAGCGAGAAGGGCGACCCCACGGAGCGCGAGCUGCGCGUGGGCCUCGAGGAGAGCGAGCUGUGGCUGCGCUUCAAGGAGCUCACCAACGAGAUGAUCGUGACCAAGAACGGCAGGAGGAUGUUCCCGGUGCUGAAGGUGAACGUGUCUGGCCUGGACCCCAACGCCAUGUACUCCUUCUUGCUGGACUUCGUGGCUGCCGACAACCACCGCUGGAAGUACGUGAACGGAGAGUGGGUCCCGGGGGGCAAGCCUGAGCCUCAGGCGCCCAGCUGCGUCUACAUCCACCCCGACUCGCCCAACUUCGGGGCCCACUGGAUGAAGGCGCCCGUCUCCUUCAGCAAAGUCAAGCUCACCAACAAGCUCAAUGGAGGGGGUCAGAUCAUGUUGAACUCCUUGCACAAGUACGAGCCUCGGAUCCACAUAGUGAGAGUUGGGGGCGCACAGCGCAUGAUCACCAGCCACUGCUUCCCAGAGACCCAGUUCAUCGCAGUGACCGCUUAUCAGAACGAGGAGAUCACGGCUCUUAAAAUUAAAUACAAUCCAUUUGCAAAAGCUUUCCUUGAUGCGAAGGAAAGAAGUGAUCACAAAGAUAUGAUGGAAGAACCUGGAGACAGCCAGCAGUCUGGGUACUCCCAAUCAGGGGGGUGGCUCAUCCCUGGAACCAGCAGCCUGUGCCCACCUGCCACCCCCCACCCUCAGUUCGGAGGGCCCCUCUCACUUCCCUCCACGCACGGCUGUGAAAGGUACCCCGCCCUGAGGAACCACCGGCCAUCCCCCUACCCCAACCCUUACGCACAUCGGAAUAAUUCUCCAACCUAUUCUGACAAUCCAUCUGCAUGUUUGUCCAUGCUCCAAUCCCAUGACAGUUGGCCCAGCCUUGGGACACCUGCCCAUACCAGCAUGCUCCCCAUGAGCCACAGCGCCGGCCCGCCCACCGGCUCUAGCCAAUACCCCAGCCUGUGGUCUGUGAGCAAUGGCACCAUCACGCCCGGGGCCCAGACGGCGGCCAUGUCCAACGGGCUGGGGGCGCAGUUCUUUCGGGGCUCCCCCUCGCACGCUGCGCCUCUCACCCACCCGGCCCAGGCCUCCUCCUCCUCGGGAUCCCCGCUGUACGAAGGGGCCCCCACGGCCACAGACAUUCCCGACAGCCAGUACGAUGCGUCGGCCCAAGCCCGCCUCAUAGCCUCGUGGACUCCCGUGUCACCACCUUCCAUGUGA